AUGGAGCUGGCGCGCCAUGUGCGUGAAUCGGUAAGUAAAUCCGAAUAUCUGUAUGAUUUUUUGCAGUCCGUCGCGAUUCAUGGUGUCGAAGGCUUUCGUCAGGUUCACAAAGGUGUUGUUGAGGUGCGUGCGCAUUUUCUGGCAUUUCUCUUGUGGCUGGCUGUCCGGGAGUAGUCCCUACUCGAGAUGACAGUUUAUAUGGUUGGUGUGGAUGCGAACGAAAAUCUUUGCGACGAUAUUGAGCAGAGAGGUGCUCCUGUGAUUAUCAUGGAGUCACCAGUUCCCUUUCCUUUUGUAGAAAUGAACGAUUGUAGCCUUCUUUAAAUCCUUAUGAAAUGGUCCUGGACGUCACAGCCCCUGGAAUAGGGUUUUAACAUUAUCCAUCAGCUGAGGGUUCUCGUACUUGUAAACUUCGGCCUCGAUCAGGCCGGAUCACAGUGCUUUCCCGCUGGAGAGUCGGGGCACGUCCAAGUCUGUCAGCCAACUGGUGAUGCUACCGACUCACAAAUCUAAACAGCCUGUUGGCAUGCGCCACACACGACCCGGCACCCAUUUAACGUAUCAGGACACAUGAAAUGGCACGUUUCCUACUUAUGUGAGAUGUGCAUACUCUACCAUACGACGUUUUAUUCGCCAUACUAGUACUGGCAGAGUAGAUCGCGUGCAUAUUGCUGGAAUGAUGGAUUGUGCCCUUUGGAGUGGUGAAAUAGGUUCAUUUUUAAACUGGUAUAUGUGAUGAGACGUGGUGAUGGGAUCUGAACUGCAGUUUUGUAUCUACUAUUUUCAUGGAGACGUAUAUGUCUGAAUAGGCCCUUGAGAUGACUGAAUAUCCUGAGGCAUUGCGGGCAGGUAAGACGGGAGCGACAAACGUAGUGGAACUCAAGGCACUGGCUCUCCGGUCUCAGUAGGAUGAAUGCGCAUUUGACCGACCAGACCGAUGCGUGAUUCAAAUGUGCGGCAGUGACAAGAGCAGGAUGAAACUGGCUAUUGAUCUGGUUGUGGUGGUGAUGGUGGUGGCGACGGCGACGGCGACGGCGGCGGCGGCGGCGGUGGUGGUGGUGAAGAAUAAUAAUAAUAAUAAUAAUAAUAAUAAUAAUAAGAAGAAGAAGAAGAAGAAGAAGAAGAAGAGGGAUUCAUUAGAGCUAGUGAUAGAGGGAAUUUCGGGUGCAUGACGUGGAUUGAUUAUGAUGACGCUGUGGUGAAUUCCGUUAUCAUGUAUACGCAUGUGAUCGAAAAGAUAAAUAUGGCGUCUGGAUUUCCUCUUUCGGUGUAGACAGGGAAAGGACGCGCAACAGUUGUAUAUUGCGGCUCUCGACACCGGUCUGCCGGUCUCUCAGCGAUUAACUCGCAAGUGACCGAUCAGGCCGAUAUGUGAUGGAAAAUUGCGGUCACAGUGAAGGCUAGUCGGAAGUGAUUUCACAUUGCGGUGAUGUUUCUCAGAACAGUAAGUGUUCACACUGGUUAUUCUAUUGGUGAAGGCAGUGGUGGCGUGAUGAGGGACGAGUUGGUCGUGUCAAAAAUGUGCUGGAUUUGGAGAUGUCCAAUGAGGUCGAACUGCGUCCGGGGUGUCGGAUGACUGUGAACAAUAUGGUAAGAUUAGAAGGCCUGGGUCACUAGUUCGUAGCAAUUGAGUCUCGUGAGCCUGUCUUUUCGCCUUCGCUGCGCAUAUCGGCUAGCUUCUAAGAUGGUUGCUUCAGUUCUUACGACAGUGCGCCACGCCUUCCGAUCGUCAACAGGGUCCCGCCAAGUCUCAUGAUUUAUUUGCAUGUGCAUAGGGGGUCUUCAAGGCGUCUUUGUAACGAAGCUUCUAUCCGACUUUUUUGUGAAUAAUCUUAAAGACGUCGCCGCAGCAUAGCCGCAUGGACAGAUGUUCGUUACUCAUCCUAACGAUGCGGUCGCUCCACGUCCGUAGCACCUGCGUCAGCAUAACGUAGAUGUCAAAAAGGUCGGUUCUUUCCAGUAUCUUAGCAUCUGAAAUCCUUUUCUGCCACUUCGGAUUCCGUAUUCCCCUGAGUCAUGGGGGAUGAAAAUAAGUGUACAUUCUUGCUUGACUUUUGCAGACUGUUCCUGUUUCUGCUUCGCACAGUCGGGAACAUAAUGAGGAUAACAGCUCGCGGUGGUUCCAAAUAAAGCACCGUUGCCGAUCGAAAACCCGGCUGCCCACGGUGAUCCUACUCACAAUUUCUUCUUGGAUCUAGUUGUUUCUUAAAAUCGUAUCCCUGUUGUGUGCGGGUUCGUCCAAUGGAGUGAGACGAACUACAUUGAUAAUGAUCCUAAGUUCGCUGUACUCAUCAUUAGGCUCUGGUUGGUGCAUGGUGACUCUCCUCCACGCCGAUUAUCAAGCCGGAAGUGGAGCAGCCGGACCCAAAUAGGUCCAUGCUCUGUUGCACGUCCUCUUCCGUUGUGGUAUUUAACCCAGUCAGUCACGACCAGUAGGUCAUGAACGCUGUACUUAGAGGCCCUGAAAGAUGCUUGCAUGCGACUUAUGUUGAUCAGUUUUCCGUCGCUUCGUACUCGAUGUAGAUUCGCGGCUAUUUCUUACGUUAGGCGUCCAGUAGCAUAGCAGAAAACAUAAGACUGAAUGGGGUGAGAGCGAGUGCACAGCCCUGCUUUGUUGCAUUUGUCAGCACGAAUGAUUCCGAGACUGUUUUGUUGUCCGUGAUGUGCGUCAUCAUCCCGUCGUGGACAUGGUACACAAUCUGAUUUGCGCCCGUAAAAUGAAUCACACAGUAGAUGCGCUGGACAAACAUGGGGGCUAAAUCGGGGUCCGACGGACGUUAUUGAGAAUACGUAGCCAUAAUAAAUGCCAACACUGAGGGUGUGGCGGCAGGCUCAUUGACGGGCCCACGCCGUGCCAGUUGGUAUCCGAUGUGCCCUCCUCCUUCUUUACUUGUCGAGUAAAAUCCUGGGGUGUGUGGCGGUACGCCUAGGUGCGGGUUUUCGUCGUGCGAGCCAUCUGCCCUAUCUCCCACCUAGGGUCUUCUUGACUUUGUCAUGACACCGGAUCAAGGUUGGGGAGGGGGUGAUAGUGCGGCAGAAUCUACGCAAGUCUAUUAUCACUGUGAACAAAUUCACGCGCAAGUCACCGUCUCUGCUCCCAUCCUUCUAUGGAACACACGGUGGACAUCGUCGGAAAUGACGGCAAAACUGUCGUACCAUCUGAGCGAAUCCCUAAGGACAUCUGAAUUUCGACAUGAUUCUCUAGAAUCCACCGCGAUUCAUUGUGUCGAACGCAGUGUACGGGUUGGCCCUCAUUUCCUGACACUUCUCCUGCCCUCGAGGGGCUGCAAAGAUGGCGCAGCUAUAAACCACUGUCAAAAACAAAACUACGCCAAAUACGCGCCGAACUUCAAAGGUCUCUUUUUAGCCAAACACUAUGACGGUAAAAUUUUAAUUAAGGUUACUUUACGCCAUCGACGCACUUGACUCAAACCUAUAUUUUACAACGACAGUUGUUGCAUAGUUGAGAGCCCUGCAGUGUUGAUCCCGUGCACUUUCCUUUAGAGGAAUUAGGAAAAAGAAGAUACCGGCAGAGAAUCCUGAAAGACACACCUUCCGCACUUUAUUCUCUCUGCGGCAGCGCUACCGGCAUUAGCCUUUCAAUCGAUUUAAGCAUUCUACAGUGAGUGACCGAUUUUGUGAAAUGUCGGUCGAAAUUCUGAAAUGCGUUUUCGAUUAGGAAGGAUUACUUAGGGGGGGAGGGUUGUAAUAUUGAUUAUCGUGCGAUAUAAUCCCUUAACAUUUCGAAAAUCGACAGAAUGUCAGCUUUCGAAUGCACUUCCUUUCGACUUCCUGUAAAAACCGUACUCGGUAAAAAAGUGACUACUUAUAUAACGUUCAUACAGCAUCGUACCUGUCCGUUUACCAAUGCUCCUCACGAAAUGUACAACAUAGUCCGCAUCCAUUGCAAACUUUUAUGAACUCUUUAUGAGAUUUUCUUAAAGACGCAGAGGAAUAUAUGAUUUUUUUACGCGGAAAGCAUGCACCACGUAGACUGGAAUCGCUAAACGAUAAUGUGACGGCUGAUCAAACUCAAAGUUAUUCGGGAAUUGGGAAACCUUUUUAAAACCUAAAUAUAUCCUUUCCUGAGGAUAAAGUGUGAAGACGACGCGAUUCUCUACCAUAUUAAUAGAACAAAACAUUUUGAUGUACUCGAGUUCUAUAAAGUGUAUUUAAAUAAGACCAUCGAAAAUCAAUGUGAAAGAUGCAUGUUACAUAAGUAGUCACUUUUUACCGAGUGCGGUUUCUACAGGGAGUUGAAAGGAAGUGCAUUCGAAAGCCGACAUUCUGGCGAGUCGAAAUGUCAAGGGAUUAUGCCGUACGAUAAUCAAUAUUACAGCCCUCUCCCCCCCCUAAGUACUCCUUCCUAAUCGAAAACGCAUUUCAGAAUUUCGACCGACAUUUCAUGACAUCAGUCACUUACUGUACGCCAAAACCCAACUUACCAAAGCUAUUGUAUGAAAUACGCUAUCAGAUGAACUGCUAACUGCUUUCUUCCGUCUCUGUCUAAAAUUUAGGCAAGUCAUCAGUUGACCUACUUUAGACCCUGGACGUCUGAAAUGAUGCGGGUCCUGGAGUACCUAGUUCUGAUCUAUUUAAAAUGUCCAUAAUCUCUAGGUGACCUUGCUUAUCAUAUGACAUAUAUCCCGAUGACGUCCAAAUUCGGAUUCUAAAGUUCGGCAUUAACUGCAUCUUUUUGUUUUUUUUAUAUGAAAGUCCAUUUGUGCCUUUAAAAACAAAGUAUUUCCGAUUUCCCCAAAACACUUGCAUAAAUGUAGUUUCUCCCCCUUUACACCUUUAACCUUCAACGACUGUUCGAAUGAAGAGCUCUACAGGGUUAAAUAUAAGGUCUUCGGUGCUUUGCGGCAAAUGUCAGUUCUCUUUCUUUGGGUAUGAAUUGCAGCCCCCAAACAAGGGUUUCGUAUCCCUUUAAAUCGACUUUGAUGUCACUAAAGCACGCGGCUUAACCCUCCCCCUCUAAUUAAUAUUUGUUGUCACAAUAUCAUUCAACCGACAGUUGUUAAGGCCCUGGGCAGAACUUGGUCUAUCCUAACAUGUUGUUCUCCCUGUCUUGAAGGUCCUAUUUUUGAAAUGUAUUGCCAAAAGUACUGUUUUGAGUUUAUUGCACUUCCUGUUAUAUGUCGAGGAUGCCUCGUCAGCAUGUUCCGUUAUUUAUUUAAGUAAAUAACCAUAAGUGUGUCUAUUUCUGAUCUAAGGAGAAGAGCUAGAAUUGCAUAAAACAAUUCAGCUCAAGGUUCUUUGCUCUUUCUGAUCGUGGUUCGACCUUAAAAACUGAAUUUUCCCCCUGAAUGACGCUUUAUGCGCUUCAGUCCGGACAAAUGUCCCCACCUCAGGAUUUUUCAAAGAGAGCCCAAAUAUGAAUGUUUCAUACUCAAGGACUUACGUUUAAGCUAAACGGGCCGUCUAUAUUCCUCUAUGUUUAGUCGGAUUUCUGUUUGGUAAUGCCGAAGUAUCCCUGUGCUCUAUAUGAAAUCGGGUAUCUGUGUAGAGGUUACGCUUUCAAGAGCCUAAGUGGUAAGAUAAAGUGGCCGGUAUGUUUGUUUCACCAUUUAUUCUCGAAUGGUUCAAAAGACGGAAUAACAUAUGAAAGCAGGAUGCUUUUGAUAUCUUUUUGACCUAGAUCAGAAUUGAAAAAGGUUUAACAUUUUAUUAAUUUCCCGAGGGACUGGGAUUAAAUCCGCCGGGACGAACCUUUUCAGUCUGCAUCAGAAAUUUGGUUAAUAAGUAAACAUUCGUAUACUACUGACCGCCCGUUAGUAGCUUGUAAAUGUAACGCUACUAUUUCACUACAACUGGCAGAUAUCAACCAAACUACCAAAUCGAGCCUGGUAGUUUCGUCCCGAUACAUUUACUCCAAGUUCGCUUACUAAUUUCUGAGGAAAUUAUAAAACGCAAAACAGGAAUCCGGGGCACAUACUAUAAAGCACAUGGUGAACACUGGGGACCCACACAUGAGCAGAACUCCUCCCAGCUGAGUCAUGCAGCAACAUGGAAUCGGCGAAACACGCAUAUGGGCUUUUGACUGUUAUCUGUAUGAUGAAUAAUUCGACAUUGGAAAGAAGGUAUAUUUGACAAGAAGCUGUGUAGAAGAUACCAUGCGCAGGGACAGUCGACUGUAGAAUGACAUAACCGACAAAGACAAGGGAGAUUGGAAUGGCCAUUUCCGGCAUAUUAGCCGUCGUCAGCCAGUCAUACUCAACUCCGAAGUGCGGAACACCCGAGGCUCAAACUCGCGACCUGAUAGCUAGAAGUUCACGCCUCUAACCACUGGGCCCGAGCCCGUUGCCCUCUCGGUUUUCGAUCAGGAAUAUACGAUGGUAGGGGGCGCUGAACGAUCGGUGAGCGCCCCCUGCCACAGUCGACUGUCUCUGAUUAUGGGUUCGAGUGAGAAUCCGAUACGUCAGGUCAACAAACUUCUUGUUUCAGUGAUCGCAUCUUCUUCUUCUGAGUUACACUGAUAGUAGACUUGCGCGGCAUCCACUGCACUCUCUCCUCCUUUCUUACAUUGGUCCGAUCCACCAGUCGGCCACACACUUCGCUGACUGCAAGGUCGGGGGUUGGAUCGUCAGUUGGCAACCUUCCAGGCCAUGGUUUUUGCACACCGAGAUAGCUUCAAGCGCAUCAGAUUGUUUGUAAUGAGGAAAAUGUGCUGAGAGUCGACCUUGCUCGCUCUUCCCUUUCCCGUGCGCCAGUCGAUUGUCCGAGCCGGUCCACCGGCUAAUGCCAAGAGUGGUAGAAAUGGCUGACGGAGCUUAGAACGGCCUGUCUAUGAGUGACACACACACCACAUGACCCCCACACUCACACGUCAGGAUUUCACACAAAAGAAGUAGGCGACUCGCAUCCCACAUGUAGCAAAGGAGCCACAUGAAGCAGGAGCCGGAGAACACACUUCCUGCUCACGUGAGAGGUGCCUAGUGGAAUACGCGUGUUAGUUCGAGCAGCUGAGGCGGCGACGACGGGUGUGCCCUAGUUCGCCAGUAUCUGUGCGAUGGAUUCGCAAGUGGCUCAUCAGGUCACCGUAUGUUCGGUGACAGUGGGGACAGAAUAGGUCCAGAACUGCCGAGCCGAUGAUGGUGGUGAUGCAGUUACUAGUGAGGGCCGCAUUGUUGGAUGAGGAGUUGGCAGUUCUGAAGAUGGGAGGGUUAUUGGAUAUGCGAGAUACGUUUGGGGGGUCGAUACUGCGGCAAAUCCCGCUGUCGUGGAUAUAUAUGUAGUGUGUGAAUGUGUGUGGGUAGCGGAGACGACGUCGGCGAAUGUAUGGUGGGGCUACUGGCAAUGGUACACCUCAUACGGCGUGAUAGAAUCGCAAGUGACCGACCAAGCCGACGUACGAGGUGAAUGUGCAAUUGCAAUGAGGACAGGUUGAGAUUGAGUCCACAUUUCUGGUGGGAUGCUGAUGAUGCGAGUAGUGGCUGCCAAGGAGCAGGGAGUGUUCUCACCAGAGGCAAGAAUAAGAGAUCUGGUAGUCGUCGUCAUCGUCGGGGGGUGGGGGUUGCGGCACGAAUGGAGGUGAAGGUGACUGACAGUUGUGGGGCAUCAGGAGUGUGGUCGCCGAUGAUGGAGAUGGUGGUCGUCGUGGACGCCGUCCGGAUUGGUGCAGGGUGAUGAUGGAGCGUUUGUGGAAGCAGCAGGUGGGGUUGUCGGAUAGUUGUUACAUUGGGACCGGAGAUAUCCGACGAGGCCGAGCCUUACGCAGAAAUUUCGUUGGCCUCGUGAAAUGUUUGGAGGGGCUGCUUGUUGACUUUAUGGGUCGGAGGCACUAGUGACUUACGAGCCGCUCUUUUGGCUUUGGCAACGACGAUCCAAGUGGCUUUACACAUUGUUACUUCAGUCUUCAAUGUUCUUCUCCGGGUCAGUCGGUCGUGAGCGAGGUCCUACCAGCUUUUCGGGUUGAUUUACAGGUGUUUCAUGGAGUUCGUCAAGGUGUCCUUGUAGCGACACGUUUUUCAUCCUUAUCGGCGAUCACCCAUAGUGGCAUCUCCGUAGAAGAUUUCUUUCGGCACUCGUUCGUCAUCCAUCCUCACCAGGUGACCGCUCCGUUGCAAUUGCAUUUACCUCGGCAUGACGUGGAUGCCAAAUAGUCCAUUCCGUCCCCAGACUUCCGUGUAGGAGAUCCUGUCAUACCACUUCAUUUUCAAUAUUCUCCGGAGACAGCCAGAACGGAAGUUCUUGAGUUACCUGGCCUGAUUGGCGCAGAUGGCCCAUGUCUCCGACCCGUAUAGUAACGUUUUCAAAACUACAGUCCUGUAGACUUUGAGCUUUACGUUUGGUCGAAGUUCUUAGUGGUUCAAGGCGGAGACCUGCAGCUGACCGAAGGUCUGACUGGUCUUGUAGAUCCAGUGAGCCAUGUCGACUUUGAUUUUGCUGAUUAAUGAGAGCCUGUUGCCUAAAUAGGCAAAAUUGUCCACGGUCUUCAGCUGGGUGCGCUGACGGUGAUGCGCGGGACUCUGUGUACGGUGCUAGGUUACGGUAGAUGUAUGAUCCCCGUUUUGUCCGUGUUAAUGGUCAGUCCGAUGCUGGCGCAACCGGCGACGAAAGGGUCCAUUAGUCGUUACAGUCGCCGGUCGCGCGCGCAGUCGUCCUCGAAGAACAGGUCAUGGACAGUAGACAUGGAUAGACGCGUUGAGGCGUGUAAGCGCCGGAUAUUGAGAAGAUGGCCGUUAGUCCUGUAGAAACAAUCGUCAUGAGGAAGAGGUUGAAGUGUGGCAGUCUGUUCACUUGCUUACUGCUUUGUAUCGUGGCCCAGUUGUCCGUCUCAUGCUCCCUGUCGAUUCGCUGUCAGGAUAACGCGAUGCUCAUCAUUAGCACUGCGAGGGCUUGAAGCCAGUAAAUGCAGCUUCUCCGCUGAUUGGCCACAGGCCGACACAACUCAGGCAUAUCAAAGCGUACACACGCGCAUGAAGAGACAGCUUCGGGCGACUGCUUGCUGGGCCUUCUGUACGCUCUUUUACAACACUAAUGCUUGCCUAAAACAGUCCGUCUUCCCUGACUUGAGAUUUGGAAUAUGCGUAUUUUUGACCAUUGGCUCUCUCGAGUCAGCCUCCUAUCACGACGACCGGUGAAGCCGACUUGAUAGGAUCACGACCAUCAGAACUGACGGGACCCAAUCAUCGCUAUAACUGGCGACUCCUCAUGAACGCCAAUCUUCCUCCUUCCAGGUCUAUGGCAAAAUCAGGCGUUGACAUGGAAAACUUUCCGCCGGAUUUGCAGCGUACUUUGGCACCUGCUUCUGGCAUCCUUUCGGCCACGCAAUUUACUCAGACGGCCGAACGGCUUAUGGAUGUGCAUGGUUUUUUCCAAGCCAUCACGCCCCAUUCUCUCAACUUCUUCAAUCUUUCCUGUGUCUUCCCUCUCACAAAUAAAGUCUGAAGUUGCGAAGCUUGCCCACGACAUAGCUUCUCUUCAAAAACGGGCAGCUCUUUCAUCAUCCUAGAGCCCGCCGAGGUCACCUACCCCACAUGUCCAGUUUACAUUUUCGUCUAGUCCCAGCACGGCCGCCACCUGUUGGUAUCACACAGCCUUUGGUGUCAAUGCUGCACUUCUCCCUGCUCCUUAAUCUCCAAGCAGAACACACGGCUAAAACGGGUCACCACAAAGGCCAGUGCGACAAAUCUUCCUGACAGCUCCAGCCCUGGUUUUACCUUCUACGUCUGUGACAACCGGAGCAGCAAGCGUUUCCUGGUCCACACUGGUGCGCAGCUGAAUGUUAUCCCUCCCACAGAAGCCGAUCGUCGGUGCCCUAACCCCGCCCUCUUUCUCCAGCCCGUCAACAACUUGCCAGUCACCACCUUUGGCACCUGCACCCUCUCCCUGGAUAUCGGUCUCUGA